CCACGGUCUUCUCUUUGUCAUCGCUGGACAACAACUACCAGGUAUUUCCCGUCAUCUCUGCAAUCUCAUCAAAUUCGCGCGUCAGAUUUGCUCACGCACUUGCACCACAUUCGCUCGAUUUCUUCCUCUCGAAGCAGCAACCACACGUAAACAUCAAGAAAAAAAGGCCUUUCAGUCGUUGUAAGGAAAUAAAGAAGGAAGAAAUCCAUUUUUCAACGACCUCGCCAGUACGUACCAUAGCCACAACGAUUUUGGAGCCGAUAGAAUAGAAUGGUAAGUCGGCACGGACACAGUAUUUGAAGAUCCAAGGACCAAAAGAAAACGAAAGGGAAAUACGGAUGAAAUUAUAAUUUGCUUUAUCCAACAAAUUAAACAUUACAUCUUUGAAGUAACCACGGUUGCCGAUAAUCCAUCUGAGAAAUAUAGACGACCAGCGCAUCCUACAAUCCGAUUACUUGCUUUCUCAUCCACUUAUUCCAACGGAUAUAUCUUUCGGAUCCCCGUUCCAAUCACUCUAUUCCUUCUUUCUGUUGCAUCGAAUAUAAUAUCCACUUGACUCCGCUAAUACAAAAUGUUGCCAACAUUAUCAACGCAAAAUCAAUACAAAAACAACAACAACAACGACAGAAACGAUAGAAACAAAAUGAACAAUAAUAAGAAUACUCAUAGACGGUUCCAACUGGCGUGCCUGGCAUUUUCCCUGGUUGUGACUUUUUGUACCGCCGAGGCACUUGUGCCCAAUCCCGCUUUCUUUUCUGUAAGAGGGGGAGAAUCUAGGGCCGCGCCGAAAAAUGCCGAUAGACAACGGAAGAACUUUAAGUUCGGCAGCACAACGCUAAACAUGGACGACGAAGCCCUCGAUAACGGAACCACGAACGGUGCUGUCGAAGAUUGCUGUGCGAACGGUGACUGCGAGACCAAGACUCCGGUCAAGCAGAUCCGUGUGACAGCAAGGAAAGGAUUGGGUGCCACCCGGAUGCCACCAAAAAGGAAUAAGACAAAUGGAUUUAAACAAAACGGAUUCGCAUCCGAGAACAUUGCAGCAACCGCUAUUAGCGAGCUUUGUGAAGUCGAAGAUCGGCCCAUCCCAGCAGAAUUCGUUGCGGAAACCGCCCUUCCCACCGACAUGGGUCAAUUUCGACUUCGGGCUUACCGACUCGAAGCCGAUCAGGUCCCCAACGAAUACACCGGACGGGAGCCCUCGGUGAUUUACGCCGCCGACAAGUCUCCCUUUGGGGUUGAGGGAGAGCUGAAGAAGGGUGUACACGUUCGAAUCCACGACCAGUGUCUGACAUCGGAAGUCUUUGGAAGCAAACGGUACGUUGUGCCUGGUUUGCUUAUUUUUGUUGCGUCGUCGGUGGUUAACUCAAGCAUUUCUUACCGUGGCAUUCUCCUAUCUUUCUCACAAUUCGUUUUUAAUGAUUCAAACUUUCUUGUUUCUCGUCGACUUUUUCCGUGGAUAACAACGAUGGCUCUUUCGGUACUAAAAUCAUACAACAACAGAUGUGACUGUAGCGACCAACUAAAAAUGGCGUUGAAACACAUCGCCGAACACGGGGGUGCCGUUAUUUAUCUGCAGCAAGAGGGCCGUGGAAUCGGUCUCGCAAACAAGGUUGCCGCGUACGCCCUUCAGGAUGUUGGUCUGGAUACCGUUGAUGCGAAUCUCCAUUUGGGUUUCCCGGAGGAUUGCCGUAACUACGGAGCCAUUCCGUCGAUUUUUCACGACAUGAAAAUCGGUUCCAUUAAGCUCAUGACCAACAACCCGCGCAAGGUGAACCGAUUGAAAGAAUUGGGUGUCAAAAUCGAUGGAACCGUUCCCAUGGUGGUCCCAACCACGAAUCCCUACAACCAUCGGUAUAUCGAGGCCAAGCACGAACGCAUGGCUCACGAAAAUUUCGACCACCUUUUCAGUGAUUCCGAAGACGAUACCAUUGUUGGAGAAACAUAUGUCACAGAGGGUGAAGGAAUGGCGGCACACGCUGUGAAGCAGUCUCUACAGGAGUCUGUUGACGACGAAAACGAAGAAGGAUGCCUGGCCAAGGACGAUGGUUACUGCUUUGGCCGACAAUCGGUCGUGGAUGCCAUUGCCGCCGUGAAGGAGGGAAAAAUGGUCGUCGUUGUAGAUGACAUGAACCGCGAAAACGAGGGAGAUUUGAUCAUGGCUGCCGAUCUGUGUACCCCCGAGGACAUGGCAUUCAUCGUCCGGUAUUCCAGUGGUGUGAUUUGCAUCGCCAUGGACAGCCACCGCAUGGACGAGCUCAAGCUCCCCCAGAUGAUUACCAACAACGAAGACCCAAAGAACACCGCCUUUACGAUUACGGUAGACGCCACCAAGGAGCACGGUACGUAAAAGUAUUGUGUUUACGGAUCGUUUGUGCCCAGUCGAAAACCAUUCGUUCCUUUUGGACUGAUCUUUGGUUUGGGAAAAAAUGUAUUUUUUCUGAUUUUUGGAAUUCUAACGUUCUUGUUGUUCGGUCUCUGAAACCACAGGAAUAACAACCGGAAUCAGCUCGGUAGACCGCGCAAAGACGAUGAACCUCUUGGCCGACAUGAGCACCACUGCCGCCGAUUUCAACCGGCCGGGUCACAUUUUCCCGCUGCGGGCCGUAGAAGGGGGUGUCCUAGCCCGGGACGGGCACACCGAGGCCGGGGUGGACCUAGCACACCUGGCGGGGCGUUCCCGUGCCGGAAUCCUCUGCGAAAUCGUCUCGGAGGAACACCCCACGGAAAUGAUGCGACUCCCGGAAAUGAAGCGCUUUGCCAAGAAGCACGGACUUGUCCUGACCAGCAUCGUCGAUAUGAUCCAGUACCGAAAAGAUACGGAGGACAUAUAAAGAGUGCGCGUGGCGGCCGGGUUCUCUUGCUAGACAGUGCGGUUCGACUGCUCUGUGCACACGGUAGUCGAAUGGCGGUCGUUGCAAGCKGGUGGGAGUGGAGGAGUGCGAAAAGCUAUGAAUGAAUCGCAUUCGGUGAUGGGAUUGUGUGGGUGUGGUUGUGUGUCUGUUUGUGUGUGAGAAUGUUCUCGCGGUUGCAAAAAUGUGUGAUCCAAGAGGCGCACGGAGAAAGUUCUACCAGCCUUUUUUAUUGUGCGAUCUCGGAUGGCAUCCUGAAGCACACAACAGCAGCAAAGCACGCGCGGGAGAUACAACCAAUAAAUAAAUGGGGAAGCAAGCAGCUAUCAUCGAGUCGUUGUCCCGUCUUUUUGUCAGUGGGAAGAAGCGAAUGCUAACCAAGAUGCUGUUUCCCGAACGAACGAAAAAAGAAUAAAUUAAAAACUAACUGAUACCAAUAGAAAAAGAAUGAAAACGACAGCUGCGCUCAAAAUUAAUAUUUUACUUUAGC